AUGUCAACGGAUGAAAAGCACUCAACACUUCAGGAAGCUAGUGGGCAACAAGGAGUCACUACGCCAAGCAACAGUGACUUUCUAGCUUGGUUUGACCACAGUGAAAUACAAAAUCUGCAUGAUGCUCCACGGCGCAAACGACGAAAGAGGUUUUUAAAGGCCGACAAAGAUUGCUCGCACGCGUCUCAGCAUGGAGAGGUAUACCCUAACUAUGAUGUCCACAGUGAUUUUGAUGACGUGUUUACGAUUGAUUCUGGAAUCAGAGAACCAACAAAAGAAGUGGUCAAGGACAGCUGGAUCAUGCUUAACACCCGUUUUUCUCAGCACACAAGUAGAGGUAUCGAUAGCGAAACUGGCUGCUUGGGUUUAACUCCGGUUUCAGACUCUCCUGUUGGCCAGUUAAUAAGUGAUAUGCAAAGUUUUACUUUUAAGGGAUCAAUGAAACGCUCAGCGUCCCAGAGACGGAAACGAAAGAAGCGCGCUAGCUGA